UACUCGACGUCUCAGUCUCGGAGGCACAUACCUGGUCUCAGUCUCAGAGGCACAUACCUGGUCUCUGUCUCAGAAGGAUAUACUCACCUGCUGUUCUCUAGUUGUGUUAUCCAUCCUACAGCGCCAUGGAGUUAUCCCCAGCAACCAUUAUUACCAUGCUUGUCUUGUGUGUCUUGCUGACGAUGAUCGCUGCUGCGUGUCUGUGUUUGUUGUUUUGUCAAAGGGCGCGGUCGCAGGCAAGGAAAGAGAAGGUUCCGUUUUCGUGCAGUCCGUCCUCCAGCUCGGAAAAGACUUCGGGGACGUCAGUGAGACUUCUAGGCAUCAACGCUCCACUCACGCCCACGGCCACCCCCCCGCCUGCGCCCACCGCCACCCGCAGGGCUACGGCGACGCCCUGGAAACUGCGGCUCCUCGACGUGUUCCCUGCCAGGUCGUCCGUCAUUGAGGAGACCGGGCUGGAGGAAGUCCUGGUCCUCCACACGCGGACGCAGAACCUCCGGCUCCAGAAGAUGGCCUUCAGGGACUCCGUCGUGAAGGCCCAAGACGGGACCACAGAGUGUGUCCCGGUGGCGAUGCAUCAGCGGCCGGACUUCUCCAGGAUGUUUGGGACGGCCUCGCACAGCAUCCCUUCGCUCAUCUUCGACCCGUCGGGCAUGACGCUCAACCAGAGCAUCGCCGACGUCCACAAGCAGAGCGGCGGGCAGGGCGCAUCCGGCGAGAAAUCUCCGUCCGUGCUGAGCAGCUUUCUGCCGGUCUGGUCGACGACGGUUCUGUCCAGCACCUCCGUGGUUGUGUCCUCGACGCCGGUCAAAGUUUGAGUAAAUCUUUAUUAU